GGUGGAGGUGGUGGAGGUGGAGGAGGUGGAGUUGGAGGUGGAGGUUGAGGUGGAGGACGUGGAGUCGGAGGAAGAGGAGUUGGAGGAGGAGGAGUUGGAGGUGGAGUUGGAGGUGGAGGACGUGGAGUCGGAGGAAGAGGAGUUGGAGGAGGAGGAGUUGGAGGUGGAGAUGGAGGUGGAGGACGUGGAGUCGGAGGAAGAGGAGUUGGAGGAGGAGGAGUUGGAGGUGGAGUUGGAGGUGGAGGAGGUAGAGUCGGAGGAAGAGGAGUUGGAGGAGGAGGAGUUGGAGGUGGAGGUUGAGGUGGAGGACGUGGAGUCGGAGGAAGAGGAGUUGGAGGAGGAGGUGGAGUUAGGGGAGGAGGUGGAGUUGGAGGAGGAGAAAGCAGAGGAGGAGGAGGAGGGGGGCCCAUCUCCCUCCUCCUCCUCCUCCUCCUCCUCUUCCUCCCUGUCCUCCUCCUGCUCUGUCCUCAUUCUGGUCCCCCUGGAGGAGGGAUCUGCUGCUGCCCGGUCCCCGAGUCCUCCCCAGAGCCCUCGGAGCACCUGCCCCUCCCCCAGUGCCAUGGCAGGCGCUCCGGGGAGCCAGUCCCACCAGGGCUCCAGCAGCCCCGAUGAGGAGGGGUCGAGCACCUGGGGGGCCCCGGCAGGGGCCCAGGCCUCGCUCCCAGAUGCGCUCCGCGUGAAGGUGGCCGGCCUGGUGCUGCUUCUGCUCCUCAAGUAUCGCACCAAGCAGCCGACCACACGGGCGGAGAUGCUGGCGGCGGUCAGCCAAGAUGACCGGGACCGCUUCCCCGUGAUCUUCCGCCGAGCCUGCGAGUAUCUGCAGCUGGUCUUUGGAGUCGACGUGAAGGAAGUGGACCCCCGCGAGCACUCCUACGUCCUGGUCAGCAUCCUGGGCCUCAGCUGCGAUGGGACGCCGAGUGGUAGGGACGGCAUGCCCAAGACCAGCCUCCUGGUGCUGGUCCUGUGGGUGAUCCUCCUGGAGGACGACCGUGCCCCUGAGGAGGCGGUGUGGGAAGCGCUGGGGGUCAUGGGGGUGUAUGCCGGCAGGGAGCACGUAUUCUAUGGGGAGCCCAGGGAGCUGCUGACCGAAGUCUGGGUGCAGGAAGGGUACCUGGAGUACCGGCAGGUGCCCGGCAGCGAGCCCGCACGCUACGAGUUCCUGUGGGGUCCCAGGGCCCACGCAGAAACCAGCGGCGUGCAAGUGCUGCAGCACAUCCUCGCGGUCAACAGCAGGCAGCCGGGGUCUCCGUGUCUGUCCGAAGAGGCUGUGAGCCAUGAGGAAGAGCGGGCCUGAGCCCGAGGGGCAGCCGGGCCCGUUCCCGCCUGGGGUCGAGCAGCUUCUCCUGCGGGGCACGAAGCCAGGCCACUUCUCCCCUGCGAGUGCGAGCAGAGCGGGCGCUGGGCGUUAAGGUUUCGUGAGCUUCGGGCUCAGCGUGGGAGUGGCACCCACGCCACAGGUGUUCGAGAGUCAGAGUUUUGCCGUUUGGUGCAACGAGCUGGGAACCCUUCCGUCCUCGUUCGGGAUCCAGAAGGGAAUCGCGGUGCCUGGGCUGGGCACAGACAGGGAUGUCUUGCAAACGUGAAGACCUUGGCAGUAAACGGAUGGUUUCAGGACAUGGAGAAGUAAAAGAUGUUCGUUCUUGC